GGACCAUCUUGCUUUUUUAUCUUGCUUGGAGUUUGCCGUUUUGAACAGUUUAUACGAAGAAAAAAAUUUUAAACCAAGGCAAGUCAUAUGUCUUGAAAGUGUUUAUCUUCAUAAUGAUGUUAUGUGUGUUUUGCCGACGGGAUACGGCAAGUCCCUAGUUUUCCAUCUGUUGCCAAUGCUGUUGUAUGCCAAGAUCAAGUUGCGUGGCGAUUUAAUUUGUGGUUGGAGGUCAAGGGGUUUGACUGCGGCUGUAGUUGACUCGAUUGUAGUCGUUGUCUCUCCUCUAAAUUCUUUGAUCUCUGAUCAAAUAUCCCGUCUAAAUAAGAGUGGCAUCCGGGCGUCUGUCUUAACGGUGAAAGAGUCGAAGGAUGAACGAAGUCAACGAGGGGAAGAAGACGAUUCUGAUGAAAUGGGAAACAUUGAGAUUAAUUUCUGCUUUUGUGAAGAACAAAUGUUACGCGAUGGCUGUUAUAAUAUUGUUUUUGCACAUCCAGAAGCAUUAAUAUCCAGCAAGUACGGUCGUGAUUUGUUGUUAAGCGACAAAUAUCAGGAAAAUGUUCGUGCGAUUGUUGUGGACGAAGUCCAUUGCAUUAUUGACUGGGGAAACGACUUUAGAAAGGAUUACAGCAAGUUGGGAGUGCUUUGUGCCCUUUUUUCAGACGUCCCAGUUCUUGCAAUGACAGCAACUGCAAGUCAAACUGAUAUAAAAUAUAUCCGGGACUCAUUGGGGUUGAAAAAGAAAAAGAUUGAAUUUCCUUUAACAAUUGUAUAUGUUCCAUUGCGCUUGUGUGGUUUUGCAUACAAACUGUUUGAACAUGUUCUUGGCAGUGAGCAAUAUUAUCCUACUGGUUCACAUAGACCAGCAAACAGGUUGUUUGCACAAUUCCAUGCUCCCCAAACAGAAGAAAUGAAGAAAGAAAUAUUGAUGCAACUUAGUUCUGGAAGAAGUGUUGUCCGUGUUGUAUUUGCAACAGUAGCUAUUGGGAUGGGGGUGGACAUACCUAACAUCCGCCAGGUGGUACAUAUUGGUCCUCCAUGCUCUGUAAAAGCAUACUUCCAAGAGACUGGACGUGCUGGCAGGGAUGGACAGCCUGCAUCAGCUUAUUUGUAUUACUGCAAUAGAGACAUUGCAAAGAACAAAGUGGGGAUGCAAGAUGAUAUGCGUGAGUUUUGUGCCAGUUCUGAUGUAUGCCUCAGAAAAUUAAUGCUAAUGUCACUGGAUUAUGAACAAGACUUUUAUAUAAAACCAUUGCAUCUUUGUUGUGGCUCCUGUAAGAAACACUGUAAAUGUUCCAGCUGCUUGCAAGUAUUAAUGUAA